AAGGAUUACCAGCGGAAAUGCAAAUGGCUAUAUUGCAAAAUGGUCAGCCUGAUGAUUUAAAAGACGCGGUCGAAAAAGCACAAAACGCUGAAGUCGUGUGGAACAUGAGAACGCAAAUAGAAAAACCCGCUCUUAAUAUAGCAGUAGUCGAAACACUAGAAACAUUGACUAAGAAAUUAGCGGUCAUGGAAGCAAAAUUGACCAAACCUGUCGAAGAAAAAAAGGACACGUUAUCCGGAACUGUGAAAACGCAUGCAAAUAUUGCAAAAGAGAAAAAGGCCACGAAAGAAAUUGGUAUAGGAAGACAGGACGAAUUAAACCCCUCAUCUGAAGAAGAAGAUCUGCUUAGUGCAAGAUAUCACUUAUUUGGCAUGAGGCGAAUGAAAGAGA